UAAACAUGUUUCACCGUAUAUUCGUUUUUGCCUGCAUUAUCGCGUUCCCAAAAAUGACGUCAAUUUGGGCGCCUACGAUGGGCGAGUAGACAUCGGGCAGGUUCCGAAUAUUACUGAAUUGACGGAUGUGGAUAUAAAAGCCAGCAUAGACGCUCUUCGUGUGGUCGAGAGUAUGCGCAGCUUGUUGCCGACAGGGAUAAUGACGUUCCUAUUUACGAACAAGGAUUUCAGACUUAUUACAGGACAAAUGAAAAUACAAGUCAAAGUGGAGGGAGCCAAAGCUUUCAAAAUAAAUUCCUUACAACUUCGCAUGAGCACAUUGAGAACUGAUUUCGACUUCAUGAUUCCAUCGCUCCAUGGUCAUGUUUCAUUCCACUUGGAUAUAAAUUUAGGUGGUAUCCUUCCCCUACGACUGGAUGACAAAGUAAACUUCAAUAUAAAGGGAAUUAGCGUGGUCGGCGCCGUAGGCACUGCGGAGGUGGAUCACGAAGGAAAGAAAGUGUAUCAGGUGCAAACGAUGCAGGGAAAAUUCCACGCAGACGCUGUUCACUUAUAUUUAGGUGUUGGAAGUAAAUUGAUUCAAGAUAUUUUAAAUUUCUUGAACAAAUCCAAAAUCCUUGAUAAUUCGCCGGAAGUUAAAUUUAUAAAGAGGCGUGUAAACGAUUACUUCGCACGCAUAUUGAAGACAAAAGUAAACGAAGCUCUUGAGAGACUUACCUUGGCCCAAAUCAAGGCUUAUAUUCUAGGUUAAUUAGAUAAUGUGGAGUGCAAAAUAUUAAAGUCAAUUAUAUUAGCAAUAAUAAAAAACUAAUAAUUAUUUCCUUCAUAAA